UGGCGAGGCGAGCCCGAGGCCAGGCGAGGUCGGCGGUCGCUAUGGCGCACCGCAGGGGCUCCCCCCGCCCCUACUACUUCUUCGUGCGUGACCAGCUGCCCGAGCUGCAGGGGCGCGGGCUGCCCGUGACCCGCGUGGUCGACGCCGUCCCCUACUGCUCCCAGGCGUGGGCGUUGCUGACUAAGGAAGAAAAGAUCGCAUAUACAGAGAAGGCUCGUAAGUGGAAUGAGAAUAAAUGCUCUCAGAAGACAGUGAAAGAGACGUGUAAUCUGGCUCAUCCGGUUCCUGCUUGUCUGACCACAAAGAUGCCCAGUGUUACUUCUCUUCCAGAUGCCCCUGCUAUGUCUUGGAAGAAUGAUCAGGCUGUGGUUGCAGACAUCUUCUACUUCCUGAACAUUUACAGCCAUGGCAAGCUGCCAUCCCACUGCGAACAGCGCUUCCUUCCUUGCGAGAUUGGGUGUGUCAAGUACUCCCUACAGGAUGGCAUAAUGGCUGAUUUCCAUCACUUCAUAGAUCCAGAAGUACCACCACGUGGUUUUCGGUACCACUGCCAGGCUGCUAGUGAUGCCACUCAUAAGAUCCCUAUAUCUGGAUUUCAUCUUUCACGUACUUGUUAUGCAGUUGUCUUACAGGAACUUCUUGAGUUUGUCCAGCCAGCCAGAGGUGUUUGGCCUCACUUUUACUGCAGGUCUAAUGACAGAUUCCGAAUUAAAUGGUGUCUCGAUCGAAUGGCUAGCAUAACAGGCAUUGAGAGCCAUCUGGAGCUUCUUGAUGUAGAAGACCUGGUAAUAGAACUGUACAGGAAGAAAUACCAAAAGGAGCCAUCCAAGACUUGGGUGUGUAGAGAACUGGAUGUCUUCCUGUGGGAUUUCUCCAGUAAUACCAGGUGCAAGUGGCAUGAAGAGAAUGAUAUACUCUGCUGUGCUUUGGCAUCCUGUAAGAAAAUUGCUUAUUGCAUCAGUAAAUGUUUAGCUAGUGUGUAUGGAGUCUCACUGACAGCAGCUCACCUACCUCUUCAAGACUCCAAUUAUGGUGAAAGCACAAAUACCAAGAUGGUGAUACUGGAUGCUGGACGUUUUCAGAAAAUGAAGCCUGAGGGUUCUGGAUGUGACAGACAUUUCACUUCUCCAAGUCAGGAUCAAGAGUUAGUCCCUUCUAAUUGUGAUUCUCCAUGUGGUGUGAAGACUUCCCUUUAUGGAACAAGUACCAUGCGAGGAAGAGGAAUUACUCGAUUGCUGAAAAGUGCAUCUGAUCUAUCCAAGUCUUUCAGUAAUUGAAAAUCUUUUCUACAUGCAGGACAGCUGUAAAUUCUAAUUUUCCUUGUUUCCCUAAGAUAACCAGCAGUUUCUCCAGGCUGCAGUUUUUCAUCUUAUGUGCAACCCUUGACAGUUCAAGUUCUUGUUAGAACUAUAAAACUGUUGCCUGGAUUUAAAGACGACGAAAAUCUUGCUUAUUAUCUACAGGAAGACUUAUUUUGAAGGGACCCGACAGUUGCAUCCUCUCUUUAAAAACACAUGCCAUACUAGUUCUAUUUCUUAAUGGAUGGAGUGCAAAUUCAAGAUUGAUUAGUCAAUAUCAUUGGAUUAGAAGAAUUCUUUAGUGGCCAGUGUGACUUUAAACAAGUGCUUCAUUUUUUCUUCCUUCCUCUCUUCUGCAUGUGGAAGAUAGAAUUUCAGUGUAUAAGUCUCUCCCAAAAAAUGAUGGGAGGGAGCACUGAAGGUAUGAAGGGCUGCACUGGGUGAAUUAAGGAUAUAACAGUCUCGAAGGUUUGCUAUAAUCUGUCAGUCUAGCCAUGAAGAAUUUGAGUGGUCGUUCAAGGCAAAAAACCAGACUUUCUAUGAAAUGUCUUGGAAGAAACGUGGUGGCAAAUUUAUCCAUCUAUUAAUGUUCUUUUAGAAGCACAGGCUAUAUACAUGAGGAGCAAGUACAACGUAGAUUUUUUUUUUUUCCUUUGCAUCAGUUUUCUGUUUAAAAAAUGAUGUGCCUCAAACUUAGAGAUGGAAGAGGAGCGUAGGUGUUAUGGGGUUUUUUGAAAGAAAUAUCAAAUUCAAACUGAUACUUUAAUCUGCACAUGUAAUUUCACAAGUUUAGUCAGGCUGGGUAGAUACCAGUCAUAAUUAUUUGAGGGCAUAUAAAAACUGGGAGACUGUCUGAUGUAUCACUAGGAAGUUAGAUGUUCUGUUUUAUGGAGGUACAAGUCUUGGACUAGUCCCCAAAAAGUUGUCUGUUGUCUGAGCCUCGUCCGUAGUCCAUGUGUCUUUAAGCAACUGAUUCUCAGAAAUAAGAGCUUAUUUUUUUAAAUUGUUUCUACAUUUUGUUCCAACAGAGGUCCAGUUGUGAAAUACUAUUUCCAUAGCAACUAACUGUGAGAAGAUAUUUAUUUUGUUCCUUGUAGGAACUGAAACUCAAAAUUAGGUCGUUCAUUCUUUUGGAUAAUAGGAAACAAAACCCCAAACCAACCAAACAAAACCCAAAACCCAACCAAAAUAAGAGGUCGACACAUUUAUGAAUAAACUUGAGCAUGCUGAUCAGUAUGUCAAAAAAGGCCAGUCGCUGGUUUAGUUGGAAGCCUAUUACAGUUGUUGUAAGGCCAGUUGAGGCCCUUCAUCCAGUAUUGCAGGAUCACUGAACCAUUUUGAUGCCUCUUACCUAGCAGUUUGCUUAUAUGACUGAAUUUUCUUGAAUUAUUCAGUAUUUCCUUCCUUUGAUGCUGUUGUUCUACCUGCUAAAUUUCACCAGAUAAGGGACAAUAAACCUCUAAGACUGAGAUUUACCAAUGAAGCAUCUGGGAAUGUUGUAGCAGACUAAGAGUGUCUAUUUCGUAGUGGCAAAGGCUUCUCUGCAUUGGAAUAGAGUUGUUGAAGUUUUAAGUUUCGUAAUUUGACAGCCUUUGCUGCAUUGACUUUCAAAACGUACAGAACUGUAAUCUUUGAAUUAUUUUCAGAGGUCAGUGUUGCAAUAAGAGUUUCAUGUUUCAGUGCUUAAGAAGAAGAGAAUUCAUUGUUAUUAAAAUAUUUAUUUAGUAUCAGUGUAAGUACACAAACCAAAGAGCAUUUGUUACUAUGCUUAAGGUAGUAUACAUCUUCAAGACUGAGAUAAAGAAUCUGAGCAGAAAUGGAGAAAAUACAGAGUUAGAGUUCCAUGGCAUGACUAUACCUUACCACCUGUAACUUAAAAUGGUACAUAAGCUGUAUAAGACCUAGUUAUACGCUGUAGGCAAUGGGCUGUUAACUAGGGCAGUAUCUGUCUUGCUUUAAUAACAACCUGUGGCAUUUUUUGGAGUGAAAAUUGUAAUAUCUACCUAAUGAGAAUGAGUACACUAACUUGAUGCAGCCUGCUUAAUGCUAUUAUUCUGCAUAUAUUAAGGGGGAUCCCUAACAGCUGUUGGAGAAUGAUAGAAAAUUCUUUCAUUUUGGAGCUCUGCUUCCCUGACUGUUUUGCAACUUGAAACUCCAUUUGAUUUCUUGAAAAAUAAAUUCUGCUUAAUAAGCACAAUACAGUAAUGCUUCUCUCCUUUAAUGGAAAAGUAAAGAUGAGGGAAAGGUAGUGACUUACAACCUUAGCACACUUCUUAAGUGCGCAAGGAAUAGUAUUGGUAAGGCACAAACUAUGGGACAAAAUUGGAACACAGUCCUCCCCACUUGCGUGACAAAAUUCUCAAGGGGAAAUGAAACCAAGUAAAGGCAGAAUGGCUCUUGAGCAGAGCUUGAGUGAUGUAGCUUUAAACUUCAGUGGUGUAGCUUUAAACAUGUGCUUUUUCACAUGGUAAAAAGUAACAGUAUCUUAAUACUUUCUGCAUAUGGGUGUAUAGGUACCAUACAAACUGAACUGUCUAAAGAGCUGUUUUUGUAAAGGAGACAUCUAACAGAUUCUAUGAGACCUGACUUCCUGUCCUCCUAUUAGUGUAGCUUACUCAGUCCCAUGACAGUAAUGGGUAAAAGUCAUCCUGGUUUUGCAUACACGUUAGAAAGUUAAUAGGUGUUUUUGCUCUUGUUAUAUGAAUAGUACAUGAAUUGUUGAAUUGGGCGUUACUACUCUCUACUAUAAAGGUUUUGGCUAGGAGAACAGUUGUCUGAGGGUCAUGUCACCACAGUCCAUUGUGUUUUCAACUUUGCUGAUUUAGUCUGACAUCAGUAUAUUAACCUGUAAUCACAUACUCUUUUACAUUCUAUUCAAAGAGUGUAUAACUGAUAUUGAAAAAUAAAGCAUGUUCAUGUAGAGUAAGCAGCAGUUACUGCUUCCAUGUAGCAGAAACUAUGAAUUUGACUGUUACUUGUGCA